UCGCUGAGGAGAGCCGGGCGGGUCCAGCGGGGCUGCAGGCGGGCGGGCGGCGGACGCUGCCCCCUGGGCGCUCUGCCGCGGCGCCGCCUGUGGGGGCCCGACCGCGUCGUAUUGAGCGCGUGGGCCGCAGUGCGGGAGGCUGGCCCUCUGGCUUUAAUGACCAUUGCCUGGGGAAGUGCUACUGUCCGCAGCCUUUUCUGACCUCACCGAUCCCUUUUAGACUAUUGAGCCCACGUUACCCUUUUGACAGCCUUGUUCUCCGUGCGCAUAUUUCACGCAUUUUUGGAUAUUUGUUGUUCAAUCGCCCAGUCCUGUCCGACUCUGCCACCGCAUGGACUGCAGCACGGUGGUCAUCCGGCGGCUUCCCCCCAGCCUCACCAAGGAGCAGCUGGAACAGCAGCUGCACCCGCUGCCUGCACACGAUUACUUCGAGUUCUUUACUGCUGAUGUCAGUCUUUAUCCUCAUCUCUACUCAAGAGCAUACAUUAACUUUAGAAAUCCAGAUGACAUCCUUCUUUUUAGAGAUCGUUUUGAUGGAUAUAUCUUCAUUGAUAGUAAAGGGCUAGAAUAUCCUGCAGUGGUAGAAUUUGCUCCAUUCCAGAAGAUAGCCAAAAAGAAACUAAAGAAAAAAGAUGCCAAAACCGGAAGCAUUGAAGAUGACCCAGAGUAUAAGAAAUUUUUAGAAACUUACUGUGGGGAGGAGGAGAAAACUAAUGUCAGUCCUGAAACUCUUCUAGGAGACAUAGAGGCAAAGACACGAGAACUUAUUGCUAGAAGAACCACACCUCUCUUGGAAUAUAUUAAAAACAGAAAAUUAGAGAAGCAGCGAAUUCGAGAAGAAAAACGAGAGGAGCGGAGGAGGAGGGAGCUGGAAAAGAAGCGCCUACGGGAAGAAGAGAAGCGGAGGCGGCGGGAAGAGGAGAAGUGCAGGAGGAAAGCAGCAGAAAAACAGAAGAAAACGGCGGAGAAGGAAGUAAGGAUGAAGAAUGUCGGCUCUGUCGUGACCAGAGGGGAGGAAGGUGUAUCCUUAAUGCAGACCUUACGCUUGCAGCUUCUCAAAAAACCAGAAAAGGGAGAGGAGCCGAGCACUGAGAAACCAAAAGAAAGAGCGGAGGAGACUGACCCUGGAGACGGGAAGUGGGAGCCCUGUCCCAGUGGGGUGGUCCUGAAGCCCAAGUCCCCGGAGGGCUCGCUGGAGGCGCUCCGGGAGAGGUCACAAAAUGACAGUGAUAAAGAGCAAAGGGAUAAGGAGAGAAGAUCCCGAGAAAAAGAACUUGAAGCACAGCGAUGCCACUUGGAUGACAGCAGGAAACACAGAGCCCACCAUGAGCUGGAAAAAUGUUCGGGAAGAAAUGGAGAAGAGCUGGCACGGGGCAAGGGGUCGGCCGCAGACGGAGGGAGGAGAGGGAGCCAGGAUAGGGGCUGCCCUGUGGAAGUGGCAGAGAAGCCGGGAAGGGAGAAGAGUGAAGACCGGCCGGCACCCAGAAAGGAGCGCAUGGGAAACAAGGACCGGCCAGGCUUGCAGCUGUACCAGCCCAGAGCUCGCAUCCGAGCCCGUGACUGUGAUGGAAGACACCCUGAGGAGGGCCGCGACGGGAGGAGGGGUGAGGCGGAAGACUCAACGGUGGCUUUAGCUGAGAAGAGCGAAGAGGCGGUGUGGGGCGACAUGCAUGUUGGUGACGUGGGUGGGGGCUCCCCACCUCAACACUCUGUGGAUUCGAGAGGGCGUUCCUUCCGGAAGUGUAUAAAUUAAAUUAUCCUGGGAUAAAACCUGCACACUGAAUUUACUAAUGAAGAAAUGAGAAACCAGAACUAUAAAGGUGGCAUAGAAAUACAAGAAACCAUUCUUAAGUAAUCUUUUAAAACUUUGAACAGAGUUACAGAUUUUACCAUUUCUGUUAUAAACUGGUAUAUAUAAUUUAACCAGAACCAAAAGAAAACUAGUAUUGUGUGAAUUCUGAAGCCCUUUCAACAUGUUGUAGGAAUAACGUGGCCUUUGAGUUUUACACAUUCAUAAGUAAAUGGUCUGCAUCUCAUGCCUUUGUUGGUUCUCUGUGAGCUGUAGUUUCUGGGAAGUAAGCAGCUCCUGUAGUUCAGUCAUUCAUGCACCUCCUUUCAUAAGGGUUCACUAAGGCUGUGGUGCUGUUGUCCCUCUGAUAGGAACUCUAACUCUGCAUAAAGCCCCAAAGGUCUAAUUGUUGCCCUUUUAACAAUAUGGCCACAGAAUUAACAAAAACAGUUCCAGUCUUUUGAUGGGGUGCUCAUGGUUUAUAACAUAAAUGGCAUUAUUUUGAGAGAGGGAUAACUUAGGUAUGGCAUUGGGUUUUUUCUUUUUGCAGCCUGAGGCAGUUGUAAAAUAACUUAAUGUAGCUUUUUGCAACUGUGUGUUCUAUAGUACUUUUUCUUUUGGUGAAAUUUUAAAUGUUAAUGUUUUUGGCACUGUGCUUUGUACCAUUUAUUAAAUAAAAAUUUUAGUUGCUAUGAA